UAUAAAUGUGUAUUGAAUUACAGUAGGUUUGCAUUCAAGCAAUUCAGUGACGGGUCCCGUAAUCAAUGUGCCCAAUAUAUCACGCAUUAAGUCGAUGACCAAAUCGAUGACCAAAUCAUUGAAUACCUCCAAGAGCUCAACAUCACUGAUAGCACCCAAGCAUAAGCUGAAUAGUCAGACAAUCGCUACAGUGGUUAACCCGCAUCUCAAGUCGAAACCAAAUCACAUUUCUUCUUCCAGUACAUCGAGCACUGGCACCACUUCGCACCCAAUAGUGUCCAAUAGUCAGCCCAAUCUGGCAGCACAAGUGACCACAGUCUCGGGCACCGGGCUAUUCAGUCCCAAUCACUCAUAUGCGGGCAAAAGUGUGAUCAUAACGUCCGAAACGCCGUUAGGCAACGAAGAUCUCAGCAAAAUUGUUGCCUCCAUUACAGCCAAUCCGGACUUCAAGAAAGUGCCGGUGCGCCUCAGCAAUGGUAUGGCUGUUGCUAUUCCAGGUCCUAUAAUUCCAGAGUCCGACCUAAGCGAUGACUGUUGAGAAUACAUAAUUCAAUAGCCAUUAAUUAUCGACACAUUUCUCAGCAAUUUUUGUGAAUGUCAUGCAAUAUAUUAGUAAAUGACACAAAACAUAGCCCCAC